ACUAUAACAAUAUCACAUAUAGUCGUAAAAAGAAAAACGAUUAUCUCCCAUGGACAUGCGCAGAGACUUAGCAACCAAUGUACACAGUUUGCAGCAUAAUAUCGGAAAACAACAUUAAGUUAUAAAGAAGGAUAAGAAACCAUGGGACAAGCACUGCAACGUGCUGCCCAGUGGACCUCUGCAAAGGGAGGUUCAGGUGGGAAGCUCGAAUUUACAAAACUAAAUGAAGAUCUGCUCAAUGCGAUUAUGAACUGGGUUGAUGGUUUCGGUAGUAAAUACCCUGAAGAAGCAAAACUUGUAUUCAAAUCACCCCUGACAUGGAUAACUACGCUUAGACCAGAUAAACUAUCUGGAGGUUUUACUGAAAAGGGAGAAGAAAUGGUAUCAACACAGACAAGUGAAAAAGAUGGAACUCCCAUGUUGACAUUGAAAAAAGUCAGCACUAAUGAAUACUCAGUGACUUCUAUGUCUCUUGAGUUUUGUGAGAGUGUACUAAGAAUGGCUGGAGACCAGAAGCUAAUGGAAGUUCGCAGUUGUCUAGAAGCUAACCGUGACCCUGCUACAAAAAUGCUUGGAGAUAGAUUUGCUACUGUAGAAGGCGAUGAUAAUUCUAUAUACAGGUUUAUUGAAGAGAUUACUAAAGAGAUUGAGCAAGUAGCCAAACAGGAAGGUGGAGAAGGUGGUCACAGCGAGAUAGAAGAGAAGAAGUUGCAACUUAAACUUCAGCUUCAGAUCAACCGUCUUGACCAGCAGUUACUUCAACAGUCCAUUCAACAAAUUGCUGGUGAAGUGAGGUUAACACCACUUACUGUAGAUGGUGAAGUAAAUAUUUUGCAGCAACUGUCAGGCACUGAUGAGGAGAAAUACUGUCUCGAAUCAAUAGAAUACUGGGGAGACGGUUAUAUCUUCCAAAAUAAAUGCAGAGCGCAACCAUGGCGACAGUUGCAUGGCGAUAUAUGCUACUUGCAGAUUAAACCUCAUGACACAGGCUUUGUCUAUGUGACUGCCAAUACCAGUGGAUAUUAUUGCAAUAGUGGAGUUGAUCCAAACAAAGCAGGGGAACUUGAUUACACAAAACAGGGUGACUCCUACAGGGAACUUGUUACAUUAUUGAAAGAAAAGAGCCCUAAGUUUUCAGAGAUGAUUGAAAAACAAGCUUUUGCUCUCAAGGUGAAGGAGAAAGAUGAUUCGAUGUUGAUUCAGAAAGAAACAAAACAAGAUCAGGAUGGUGACGAUUACAACAGGGAAAAAUCACAAGACCAUAAACUAACAAAGGAAUACUCAAAAGAUAAAGACACCAAACAAAAGAGCAAAUCACAGAAAAAGAAGAAGUUAGAACCCUCACUAAAGUGGCGGGCACUUGGAAUGGAGGAAUAUAAAGAAAGUGAACGAGAGAAAGAAAAGAAAGUAGUAAAAAAGAAGCAAGCUCCUAGCCGUAUGAAGAGUAAAACUCCGAUUGAGGCUGAGGACAGUUUCAGCGAGAGUUCAUCCGAGAGUGAAGAGGAAGAGGAGGCUGUCGAGAGGCGAAGUGAAACUAACGCUGAUUUACCCUCAGAAUACUGGCAAAUACAGAAACUUGUCAAAUAUUUGAAGGGAGGUAACCAAACAGCUACAAUAAUUGCAUUGUGUUCUAUGCGAGACUUUAACCUUGCUCAAGAGACUUGCCAGUUGGCCAUUAGAGAUGUUGGUGGGCUGGAAGUACUAAUUAAUUUAUUGGAUACAGAAGAAAUUAAAUGCAAGAUCGGUUCCCUAAAAAUCUUAAAAGAGAUUUCCCGCAAUAUACAAAUCAGACGUGCCAUUGCAGAUCUUGGGGGUCUACAGACCAUGGUUAAGAUUCUUCGUGACCCCGACAAGGAUCUUAAAUGUUUGGCCGCAGAAACUAUUGCAAAUGUAGCCAAGUUCAGGCGUGCACGUAGAACAGUAAGGCAGCAUGGAGGAAUCAAGAAAUUGGUCGGCCUUCUUGACUGUGCGCCUCUUACUGGUCACAUGACACCAGAGUUGGAGCGUGAUGUUCAGGUGGCACGAUGUGGCGCCCUUGCCCUCUGGAGCUGUAGCAAGAGUACAAAGAACAAAGAAGCUAUGAGGAAAGCUGGCGCUAUUCCAUUACUGGCAAAGUUACUGAAAUCAACACAUGAAGACAUGCUGAUACCAGUGGUUGGUACUCUACAAGAAUGUGCCUCAGAGCCUAGCUACAGACUUGCAAUCAGGACAGAGGGUAUGAUAGAAGACUUGGUAAAGAAUCUCAAAUCAGCUGAUCCAGAGUUACAGAUGCAUUGUGCCUCAGCUAUCUUCAAGUGCGCUGAGGAGAAAGAAACUCGGGACCUGGUCAGACAGUAUGGUGGGUUGGAUCCACUGGUGGCUUUGUUACAGCAGAGUGACAACAAGGAACUGCUGGCUGCAGCAACUGGUGCCAUCUGGAAGUGCGCUAUAAGUACAGAGAAUGUAAAACGAUUCCAAGAUCUCAAGGCUAUUGAAUUACUCGUCAGUUUGUUGAAUGACCAGCCUGAAGAGGUUUUAGUGAAUGUCGUAGGUGCUUUAGGGGAACUAGCAAAGGAAACGCCAAAUAGACAGUCAAUACGAAAGGCAGGCGGUAUUUCACCGUUGGUUAACUUACUAACGGGAACUAACCAGGCUCUCUUGGUCAAUGUUACAAAAGCUGUAGGGCAGUGUGCAGAAGAACAAGAUAACAUGGUUAUUAUAGACAGAUUGGAUGGUGUAAGGUUGCUAUGGUCAUUGCUUAAAAAUCAGAACCCAGAUGUUCAAGCGAGUGCAGCCUGGGCUAUUUGUCCAUGUAUAGAAAAUGCUAAGGAUGCGGGUGAAAUGGUGCGGUCAUUUGUUGGCGGCCUAGAGCUGAUAGUCAGUUUGUUAAAAUCUGAUCACAAGGAGGUGCUAGCCAGCGUGUGUGCUGCUAUAGCUAACAUUGCCAAAGAUGAGGAAAACCUGGCUGUUAUAACAGAUCAUGGAGUGGUGCCCAUGUUAGCUAGAUUAACUAAUACUUAUGGGAAAAUGUCCGACAAGACAAAUGACAAAUUGCGGCGCCAUCUAGCAGAAGCAAUAGCAAGAUGUUGUAAUUGGGGAAAUAAUCGUGUGGCGUUCGGUCGAGAAGGUGCCGUAGCCCCGCUUGUACGAUAUCUUAAAUCUUCAGACGAAAGCGUACACCGUUCUACUGCCAGGGCUUUGUUCCAGUUGUCCAAACAUCCAGAAAACUGUAUCACAAUGCAUGAAUCCGGUGUUGUUCAGCCACUGAUGAAAAUGGUGGGAUCAAGUGAUGAAGAUUUACAAGAAGCUGCUGCGGGCUGUAUUGGAAACAUUAGAAGACUUGCAUUAGCCAAUGAGAAAGCUCGAUAUCAAUAGUUAACCAAUCAGAGACCAUCUUACAUUUUUUAGACACCAUCCAAUCAAAACUGACAUUAUGAAAAUGCAAUAAGAUGCAAUUUGUUUAAAAUUUAUGUAUAAAAAAUAAUAAAACUUGUUAAAACUAAAAAGUCAGUCCAUUGAAUAACAAAAAAUUACAGACAGUGUGUGUACUUUUAUCUCUAUAGACAUUUUAUUUUGAUAACAGGUUAAGAUAAAAGGGUGUGCUGAUAAAUUUCAUUAUCUCUAGCUUAGAGUUCAACAUUAUAUUAAAUAUGAAUGACUAAAGGUGUCUUGUGCAAAAUCAUUAAAAGUCAAUGACAUGUGAUAAUAUUAGUUAUUCAAACUUAACUAUAACUCGGGUUCAGAAGUUAAUGUUUUAUAAUUCAUAUAUCUUAAUUUUUGAUCAAUGAACUUAACAGCUCAAUGUACAAUGUUUUCAUCCAGGAAUGCAAUACAAAUGGAAAUGAUAUCCCUGCCAAACUUUUUUUAAUUUCCCCCUCCCUAAAAACUACACAUGUAUGUACUUUGAGAAAAAAUAAACACCCUGAUAAUUUUAUUUUGUUGUUAUAGAAAUUACAUUGGUGUCAUUUAGCAAUAAAUUUAUUUCUGAGGUAUUAAUUGUACAUUCUUGACAUAAAAAUGGCAUACUAUAGAAUAUAGAUUUUGUUCAAAAAUGUGUAAAGAUUUAAUCUAGGCACUCAGCUUUUCUGUAUAAUAUAAGUUGUAUAUUUAAAUUCAUUUCAAACAAAAGGUAUCAGUAUAUUUUCUCAUUGUGAGAAAUAAUAAAAAAAUAAACACCACUGCCUCCUUUUACUUAUAUUAAUUUAUUGCUUUAAUCUACCAGAAGACCAGAUAUUUCUCUUUUUUCUUUUUACUAUUUUAUUUAGUGGUAUUGUAUUGUAUUUUGAAUUUGUUUAAUUUGAGGGUGUGCUACCAGUAUUUUUGUUCAUGUUAAAUUUAGUUUAAGAUCUUAAAAUGCUACUUUGUAUGUUAUUUCUUAGUUACGUGUAUUUAUAAUUUAGUGAUUAUAAUUUAGUUAAAACCGUCCAAGUAACUGUGAUAAUUAUUGUACAGCGUUUGAUUUGAAUAGAUAUAGAAUGCCUUUUAUUUAUGGAGCACCUUUUUACAUUAAGCAUUAAAAAAAUUUGAAAGGAAAAGUUAUUUGUUAUAGACAAAAGAAAAUAAAAGAAGAAAAACCUA